AUGACAUUUACCACUAUCCCAGCAAGGAGGAGGACAAGAAAAUACUUUCACAUGUUUCUACAUUUGAUUGGUCUUGGUUCUAGCAUUGUUGGCCUAUUUGCUAUUUUCAAAUUUCAGCAUGAUACUGCAAAAGUUGACCUUCUUACCUUGCAUUCCUGGAUUGGCAUUUCCACAGUUAGCUUCUAUGCCUUGCUGUACUUUGUUUCAUUCUUGUUAUUUUUCUUCCCUGGGGCACAAAAUUGGAGAAGGGCAAGGUUGGCUCCAUGGCAUGUUCUCUAUGGAAUUACAAUUUUUUUCAUGGCAAUAGUUAGCACAGAGACUGGUUUGAUUGAGAAAUUCAUGGCUUUAGGACUUCAAAAGGGCCAAGAAGCACUCAUAAUCAAUUUCACUGGCUUAUUAGUUCUUCUAUUUGGGAUCUCUAUUGGCCUGGCUGUUCUUCUCCCAGUUUCAUAUUACUAG